AAAAAAUAUAACUUUUCAAAAUGCAAUUGACAUUUAUUCAGAUUGUUAUUAUAUAUAUAUGAGGUUAUUGGGUGGUCAAGCCCAUUAAAGGAAUUGUAAAAGAAUGGGCUUGAUUUGAUGGCCAAGGUCGCUGCCCCGCCAAGUCUGCAAAUUUCGUCCUUGGCUUGCUCAACAACGCCGAGAGGUAUUUGAAACAAUCCAACAUGUAUAUGAGAAAGAAAAAAAAGAAACCUUUCUGCGAACGAGCAACCGUUGACUCUUGGUCAAACUGUUUUUCAGGUGAAAGGCUUGGACGUAGAUGCUCUCUUCAUAUCUCACAUCCAAGUGAACCAAGCACAGAAGCAGAGGCGUAGGACUUACCGUGCUUAUGGAAGAAUCAACCCUUACAUGUCAAACCCAUGCCACAUUGAGCUAAUCUUGUCGGAGAAGGAGGAGUCAGUGAAGAGAGAAGUGAUGGUCACCGGCUCGCCCGAAAUCUCCAUUAAAGGUGGGACAUUUGUGUCGCAUUUCGGAGGAAACUCGCUUGAGACUUAACUCCGGGACCUACCUUCGAUGGCUGGUGGGUUAACCCCAUCUUCUUCAACCUCUGGGAUUUUCUUCCAAGGAGAUGAUGAAUCCCAAGGCUUCAUGAACUCUCACUUCACUUCCUCUUACGGGAACUCAUCCAACUCUGUCCCUGGAUGUGGACCUGGGUAUCACCACAAUCUCAGUAUGGUCUCUGGGGAGAUGCACAACCCGGCUAUGAUGAGCGUCUCGACCCCUGGUCCAAGCGCCGGAGCUAGUUCGAUGGUCACAGAUGCUAACUCAGGUCUCUCUGGAGGCGGUCCUCAUCUGCAGCGAAGCGCUAGCAUCAACAACGAGUCGUAUAUGCGUUUGCCUGCGUCCCCUAUGUCCUUCUCCUCUAACAACAUCAGCAUCUCUGGGUCAUCUGUUGCUGACGGGUCCACCGUCGUGCAGCGUGGCUCCCUCCAUGACCCGAGUGUCCAGCGAGGAGGCUCAAGUGCUACAUCGCUGCCCACGUCGCAGAGUAAUCAGAUACCGCUUUCUAUGGGUCGUCGUGCCUCUGAGUCUUUCUUUCAGGACCCGAACAAUCUAACGCAGGCGCGGAAAAAGCCUCGACUAGAUUCAAAACAGGACGAUGCUCUGCAGCAGCAGAUUUUACGCCAGUGGCUUCAGAGACAGGAGAUGUUGCAGCAGCAGCAGCAACAACAACAACAGCAAGGACAGAACCCACAGUUUCAGAUUAUGCUUCAGCAACAAAAGCUGAGGCAACAGCAACAAUACAUCCAGUCCCUCCCACCAUUGCAGCGGGUUCAGCUGCAGCAGCAGCAACAGGUGCAGCAACAGCAACAGUUGCAGCAGCAGCAGCAGCAGCUGUUGCAACAGCAAGGAAUGCAGAUGCAGAUAUCUGGUGGACCACGACCUUACGAAAACAGCGUCUGUGCUCGGAGAUUAAUGCAGUACCUAUAUCAUCAGCGUCAAAGGCCUUCUGAGAGCAGUAUUGUUUACUGGAGGAAAUUUGUGACGGAGUAUUUCUCUCCCCGGGCAAAGAAAAGAUGGUGUCUCUCUCAUUACGAUAAUGUGGGGAAUAGCGCACUUGGUGUUUCUCCUCAGGCAGCCACGGAUGAAUGGCACUGUGAUCUUUGUGGUUCUAAAUCGGGAAGAGGUUUUGAAGCAACUUUUGAUAUCUUGCCCAGGCUUAACGAAAUCAAAUUUGCAAGCGGUGUCCUUGACGAGCUUCUUUAUCUGGGAGUGCCGUCUGAGCGCAGAUUUGCCUCUGGAAUUAUGAUGUUAGAGUAUGCAAAAGCAGUUCAGGAGAGUGUGUAUGAACAGAUCCGUGUUGUUCGUGAAGGCCACCUUCGGAUAAUAUUCUCUCAAGAGCUUAAGAUUCUCUCAUGGGAGUUCUGUACUCGUCGACAUGAAGAGCUACUUCCUCGCCGCGUUAUAGCCCCACAGGUGAACCAAUUGCUUCAGGUUGCUGAGAAAUGCCAGAGCACAAUCGAUCAAAGUGGAUCAGAUGGGAUUCAUCAGCAGGAUUUGCAAGCCAAUAGCAACAUGGUCAUGGCUGCUGGACGUCAACUAGCCAAAAGCUUGGAAUCACACUCACUCAACGACUUGGGCUUCUCCAAACGAUAUGUUCGAAGUUUGCAGAUUUCUGAAGUUGUCAGCAGCAUGAAAGAUAUGAUUGACUUCUGUCGUGACCAAAAAGUUGGUCCAAUAGAGGCUUUGAAGAGCUAUCCAUAUCAAAUGAAGACAGGUAAAAUGCAGAUGCAGGAGAUGGAGCAACUAGCAAAUGCUGCUCGAGGGCUUCCACCUGAUAGGAACAGUCUCAACAAGCUAAUGGCCAUGCGCAAUUCCGGGAUUAACAUACCGAUGAACAGUAUAAGCGGUCAAGGAUCACUAAAUGGCUCUGCACAAGCCGCCGCCUUUGCGCUUACCAACUACCAGACGAUGCUAAUGAAACAGAACCAUCUGAAUUCAGAGCCGAACAACGCCACAAUCCAACAAGAACCAUCAAGGAACCCGAUCCCAUCCCCGAGCUAUCAAGGAGCUAGUCCUCUGUUGCCUGGUUUCGUGCAGAGCCCAUCAAUCAGCGGUGUCUCUUCCCAUCCGUCUCCUCAGCGACAAAUGCCAAGCUCCAGUUAUAAUAGCUCACCCCAGCAAUACCACCAACAACCACCUUCCUGUAGUAGCAGUAACCAAACAUUGGAACAACAGUAUAUUCACCAGAUAUGGCAACAGAUGGCAAACAGCAAUGGAGGUUCCGGGCAACAACAACAACAGUCACUUUCUGGUCAGAACAUGAAUUGCAAUGUCAACAUGGGAAGAAACAGAGCAGAUUAUGGGCUCACAGCGGAAACACCAAGCACCUCCAACAGAUUCAGGGGCAUGAAGGGGUUAGAUCAGAGCCAAAACCAGGAAGGGAUGGUCUCUAACACAUCUCUCAGCUUUGCGAAUAACGGGUUUUUUGGCAGUGAGGUUGAUGAAAGCAUGGGAUAUUCUUGGAAGGCAUGAUGAAUGAGGUCUUUUGGGAUUUGAUAGAUAGUCGUCGUUCCAAAACGUUGUCUUUUUGUACAGAAUAAGUACUAAAGACUAGAGAGCACUCUUAAUUAGCUGUAUGAAUCUCAUGAGGUGGUUCAUCAAUGUUAACUUGUCAACACUGUGUUGUGGUUGUUCUGCUUUUAGAUUAAGCUUCAGUUUUUUUUUUUGUCAUCAAGGUUUCUGGAAAAUCUUGUCUAAUUCUGCAAAAGAAACCGUUGAACUCAUCCACUAUCAAUCAAUAUUGUUAUUACUUUUUAAUUUUUUAGAAAUGAGUUUUUUUUUGGUUC